AUGGAUACUAAAACUGUGAGUUUUUUAAAGAAUAUCUUGGUUUAGUAAGGAAAUAAUGGGUUUCUACAGUACUAAAAAUCUUCCUAUUUGUGAUUUACACACAUUUCUUAUCUUCAUGAAGAUUUCUGAAAAUCUUUUCACGUUUUAAAAAAUCCUGUUUUUCCUGAAAACCCUCCGAUCCUAAAUGUUUUUCAUUUCAAUAAGUUUUUUUCAGGAAUACGCUAAAACUCAAGAAGAUAAGCAUCGCCGCAAAAUCAUCUUACCAAACAAUAUUUCUUGGGAAUAUGGAACAAAUAAAUAUGCAACACAAAAAGGAGAUCGACAUUUUGGAACUAUUCGAAAUACACGUUAGUUUUCUCUGUGAUAAAAUUUGAAUUAUUGAUUUUUUUUCAGAACUCGAAAUAAAAUCAAGUAAACAAUUAUCUGAAAGUAAUGAUGGUGCAGUUCCACACAUCACAUGUCCACCGUUACAUUUUCCGUGUGCAUCGCAGUCGAAAACUUCUGGAUUUGGAAGUAUUCGAGAGCAAGUUACAAAGGUUACCGAUACUGUGAGUAAUUAUUAGCCUACAAGGUUUUUUUAAAAAUAAUUUCUGAAUAGUCUUUGAAUCUAGUUUUUUGUCCCAACCCCACCAAAAGUAUAAUUUUUUCAGAAUGGAGAUGAAAAAGUGUUGAUCAGCAAAAUCGUUGAUGAUAAAAUGACAGAAACAGUUUUGAAAAAAUGGAAUCAACCAAACCACAAUGCCAAGAAUUCUGAUAUCGGUAACCCAAAUCACAUAUUCCAAAAAUAAUGUACCAAGUUCCAUUCCAGGAAAACGUAGAGAUGCGCUAACUGAAACAAUUGGUGGUAAAAGGAUGGAUCACAAAGAGCAUUUGAAAUGUAUGGCAGCGAUUCCGAGAUUCCAAGACCCACGGAAUUCAAUGGCAGCGCUUGGAAUGACUCCUGGACAAAAUUAUCAACCAGGUUGUCAGAAAAAUCGACAAGCGACGACAUUAAUUGAAGGUUUGAAUUGGACAACAUCUGAUCAAUUGGAUAGUAAUAAAUAUAUGGCUUGGUUGGGUGGACAGCUUACACUUCAAUCACAAUCAAAAACUGGAGGAUUUAUGAAGACAAGAGAUGUUGUUUCUCAAGAUUAUUAUGGAAAAAUUGAUCAUUUGGAGAAUGCGAAGGAACUUCGAGAGAAACUUGAGAAAGUUAGACUUGAGAAAAAACAAGAAGAGGAAGAAGAUGAAGAUAAAAUUGAAGAGGAAGAGGAAGAUAUAAAUAAUAUAAUAGUUUAUUCAUAA